UACAGCAUGGGUUUCGUUACUAUAUACCAUGUCAGGCGGGGAUAACUGGGCAUUACAAGCUACAGUAGACCUCGUUGUACGAUCAGAUAUAGGCAGAAUCAAUUCAUCACCAACAGUAGAUAUGCCAUCCAUUCUCUACUGGCAGACAGGAUGCUCCUAUAUCUACGCCUUACCAGUCUAUGACGUUGAUGGUGAUGUCAUUAAAUGUCGAUGGGCUUCUGGAUCCGAUGAAUGUGCAGACGUUUGCCAGUCUUUUCCAGGUUCUUCAUUAGAUAUGUCGACAUGUACAAUUUCAAACACUGUUGGUCAUACUACCGGAUAUUACGCAGUAGCAAUACAAAUAGAAGACUUUGUUAACGGAACAUCUACAACACCACUAAGCAGUAUACCUCUACAAUUUCUGGUCUACGUAUACUCUGGAAGUGGGUGUAUAGAUGCAUCACAGUUCGUAUCCCCUACACCAGCGGCAUACGAACAGUUUUAUAUUGACAUUAGCAGUCCAUUUAGCUUGACAGUCAAAGUGCAGGGGCCCCACGCAUUCCUGAGAAUAGUAAUAUUGUCAGAGAUAGGGCUGGUAGAAUCAUCGAAAAAAGCAUCACAAAAUUCAUCAGAACAUUACCUGACACUGAUCGCUUCAUGGACUCCCUCCACUGCUGAUAUUGAUAUCAACCACAGAGUUUGCUUCUAUGCAAGAGACAGCAUCGGAGUCACAAGUGACACGAGAUGUAUCCACAUACUUGUUUCAGAUGUUGACGAGUGUUUAUCGUCUCCUUGUGGUAUUGGUGGUACUUGUACUGAUAUGGUAAAUGGUUUCAAGUGUGAAUGCAAGGAUGGAUUUACCGGAACGCUUUGCCGACCAGAUUGCAAAGCAGUUGCUGCACCAGAAAAUGGGAAUAGAAAUGGAAAUUAUACAAAGUUCGGUUCAGUCGUCACAUUUGAUUGUUUAGACGGAUACCUGUUACAAGGUGAUCUCGCAAUUGUAUGUAAUAGUUCAGGCAAAUGGAAUGGUACAGUUCCGUCUUGCAUUGAAAAGGUGUCGUUAUAUCCUCAUGGUAUAUCAGAAGGCGACGAUAUAAUUCCAGACAAUACUGACUCAUGUAGCGACGCAAUUCUGUUAGACCCGGGCAUUCCAAUAUUUGAAGAAACACAUAAGAAAAUUUAUAUAUGUAGAAACGGUCUCGUUAGUUUUGACAAACCACACACAAGCCCGGUACCGGCAAGCGAUGUCGCUCAAUACUCUAACAAAACAAUUGUUGCGCCAUUCUUCGCAGAUACAGGAUCGGGAGCUGUGUAUUACAGACACUUCGAUAUUUUGAAUUCCGUUAAAGAAUUUGAACGAGAUGACGUGAAAAAUGUGGAAUCAAUGGUACAAAAAAUAGGUGGAGUUACAGGAUUCAAAGCUAAAUUCAUACUGUUUGCCACUUGGGAGAAAGUUAGUCCUUUUCAACAAGCGUUUGACAGAUCCACAACGGCGACGUUUCAGGCGGUUAUAGUUACUGACGGCACUGAUACAUUUACACUGUUUGUGUAUGGAUACGAAAUGAUGCUUUGGACAAUGGCAGCAGACACGCAUGUUAAACCAGAUAUAUGGAUUGGCUACACUGCAGCUGGAAAACAUAAAAAUACAAAUAUAAACUCGUUCAAAACUACAGCAUUGCAGAUAGAUAGAAACGCUGCAACAAACGGAAUUGCGGGAUUGUUAUUCCAAAGACUUACUUCAGUGGGAACAAAGGAAACAAAUUAUGCUAUACAGUGUAUAGACUGGUACAACCAGAAUAAACACAUGAUAUCAGACAUUAAAGAAAUGUCUGAGAAAAUGCCAGGGUGUCCUUGCAGUCUAGAUAGUCUAAUUUACGAUCCAUGGUACCGGCCAGCUGAUGACGAAAACGAAACAAGUUACAAUGUAGAGAUAUUGCCUUCAAGGUUAUUCGAAUCUCACGGAAAGUCGUGUUCCUACAGCACAGUAACGGGGUUAUGGAUAAAUGAAGUUCCGCAAGCUGGUGGCGUGUAUAUCUAUCACCCUGACUUAUAUGCUCGGGAACAUAUAGAAAAUGACAUCAAUGCAAAACAGUUCUGCUGCAGCAAAUCCAACUACUGUCAUCUUUAUUAUAACCUUCACCCGGUGGGAACCUGUUACAGCGAAACAUGGUUUGAGAUAGGCACAACAUGGGGUGAUCCCCAUUUUCAAACACUUGAUGGAAACAACUAUACUUUCAACGGUUUUGGUGAAUACACGCUACUGGAGACAGAAGAAUCUGACUUCAUGUUGCAAGCGCGAACACGGCGGGCGAUUAAAGAAGAUGGAACACAGUCAUAUGCCACAAUUUUCACAGCGUUUGCAGCAAAGGAUUAUACGAAUGCUUCUCUCCAUGUAGAACUCAACGACGCUGAAAACGGACUAACUUUAUAUGGAAACAAUAUCGACUUGUCUUUGUUGUUUAAAGACAAUAGUGGGAAACCGUUCAUGUACAUAACCAAAGAAAACAAUCUGGCUUUGACUCGCAAAGACGACACUUUGACUGUGAUGUUCCCUUCAGUUGGAAUUGCGCUAAAUAUUACUGUCGGUGUAAAAAUGUUAUCCUUGAAUAUUAUCGUCCCAAAGGAUUAUAGAAACAUGACUAGAGGGCUUUUAGGCAAUUACGACGGAUUGCCAGAAAACGAUUUUACCGCCCCGAAUGGAACGGUUCUAGAUUCAAAUAUGAAUGACAGUGAAAUACAUGAGUACGGGCAGUUGUGGUUAAUCGAUGACAAAACAAGUGUAUUUAAAUAUUUUGAGGAGACAACUGCAGUUGAUUAUCGCAAUAAAAGUUACGUCCCAAAAUUUCUGGAUAGUGCUGAUCCAGCAAAGUUUGACGAGGCUGCAAGGAUAUGUGGCGGAGAGCAGAAUAACCAGUGUAUCUUCGACUAUGUUUUUACGAAUGAUGAGAAGGUUGCAGAAGACACAAAGAAAAGAAAAGAAAUGACAGACAAUACAACGAUAGAAAUUCAGAAGACUACACCUUCGAUUGUAGGCUGUGAUGAACUUUAUGUACGAGAUACAUCAGAGGUAGUCUGUCCUAUUAGCAUCGCAAAUGAUGAUACUUUUGAUGACCUUACAUUUGAAUUUAUUGAUAAUAUAGGAAAUGCUACGUUCAACAAAGCAUCAAGGGAACUUGUGUUUAUACAGUCAACGGUUGAUCCUGUGAAAAUAAGCAUUACAGCUGAUAAGGAUGGCAGAAAAGCUAUACCGUUUACAGUCAAUGUGAGGCUCUGUACGGGAUGUAAUGGGAGAGGAAAUUGUACUAAUAAAACCAGAAGUGACCAUCGAGAGACAGAGUAUUUCAAAUAUUUAGAAUGUGAAUGUGAACCUCAGUACGAAGGUGACGAUUGUGAAAAUGAGUUUGAUGGUUGUGUGGCCAGUCCUUGCUCUGCCAACAGAAAUUGUACUACAUUGACUUCAGAGAAACAAAAAGAACUUGGUAAAACUCAUAUCUGCAGCGGUUGUCCUGAUGGUUUCGAAGAAGACGGAGAUAAAUGUACAGACAUUAAUGAAUGCGAUGAUCAUCAAAAUCUCUGCGAGCAUCAAUGCCUGAAUACGGAUGGAUUAUACGAAUGUACAUGUAACAACGGAUACAGGAUAAGUUCUAGAAACAGUAGUCUGUGUAAUGAUAUCAAUGAAUGCGACGAUGCGAUCCACAACUGUAGUCAGAUGUGUGUAAAUGAAGACGGCGGUUUUAAAUGCGAAUGCUACAAAGGCUAUAGCUUUAACUUGACCACAUGGAAGUGUGAACAGGAAGACUUAUCUAUCUGCGAUGAAACAAACAUUGAUUGUAGUUAUACGGCGGGGUGUACACUUGAUAAAGAUUCAACAGCAACAUGUUUUUGUGAAAAUGGGUUUGAACUCUCAGCAAACAGGACUGCGUGUGUUGACAUUGAUGAAUGCGAAAGAAAUGUGUGUCCUCAACUUUGUAUCAACACUGCUGGGAGAUUUAAAUGCGAAUGUUAUUCCGGUUAUCAGCUACAGGACGACUUGACUUGUAAAGAAUGUGACUUUCCAUUCUGGGGAAGAAAUUGUGAAAAUGAGUGCAAAUGCACAGGACGGGGAAAUCUGGACUGUAACCCAAUUCGCGGCUGUAUAUGUGAAGAAGGUUGGCAAGGUGACACGUGUGAUGACGACAUAGAUGAAUGUGAUAUCCUCACUGACCCUUGUUAUAACGUAAGACAGGAAUGCGUGAAUGUUCCUGGUUCUUACGUUUGCAGAUGUAAAGACGGAUUUUACGAGAAUCAAGGCCGAUGUGAAGACAUUGAUGAAUGUUCCGAUCUAAUUUGGAAUGACUGUGAAGAAACAUGUUUCAAUACUAUUGGAGGCUAUACGUGCGGCUGUUCCGAAGGUUUAACCUUAUACAACAACACUCGUUGUAAAGGCAAGUGAAGAUUUAAGUAUUGG